UGCGCGACUCUGCCGCGGGUUUGCCGCGAAAGUGUGGAGGGCGUUCCUCCACUAUUUUAGGGACUCUGCGCAGGCAUCGAGGUCGCUCAGUCCUUCUUCAUCCGGGACGAAGGCCAGUGGUGCGUGUGUGUGACUGUGCAACGUGCACGACCGAACUCUGCAGUCGCUAACAACACCUCUACUAACGCUACGCACGUCUUCCCCGCACGUACGGCCGCCGCCACUCGCCAUCACGCACCCGACCUCUCGCUCUCGUUGUGUGUGCACACAGCUGCAAUACUUCUUUCCGCCACAACUGGCUCAUCAGCAAGCCGAUCGUCCGCCCAGCCUUCUUCUUCCCUCGCGCACUCUCUCCGUACACCCGUCUGUCCUCGGCGAGAGUUUCCACGCUCGCUACACUUGAGAAUCCCGUCUUCAGCCUACUGUGCGUGCCACCAGCGACCCACAGCAAACCCGUCAGACAACGCAACGGUCCAACGCAACCACCAGCGAUCCGAUCGAACAGCGGACGAACAAAACAUGGCCGCGGACCUGCUCUGCAUGGAGCUGUCUUCUCACCCGGCUCUGUCCUCGGAGAUCCCCGUGGACCAGCGGCGACUGGAGACGUUCCUGGACCAAGAAGACUUGUUCAUGCCCACCUACCACAGACAGCACGACGCGGGGAGACUGGCUUUAGCCGAGGACGAGAACCGCACCAGAAUGCUGGAGGCCAUGCAUCGGGCACUCUGCCCUGGACUAGAAGUCAGCAGAAGCGAUGUCUACCACUUAUCAGUCAAUCUCAUGGACCGGUUCCUAUCCUACGAGAACGUGAAAUCGGAACGGGACCUGUGCGCCACCUCAGCCGCCUGUACCAUGAUUGGUCUGAAGAUACUGAGAGCCCGCGAAGAGUGUCUUAGCUACGACUACCUACGAUCGUAUUUCGACCGUGUUCCCGAGUCAAGGAUUAGGGAGAAAGAGAAACACAUAGCCAAGAAGCUAAACUGGAACCUCAAUGCCGUGACCAUUGCCAACUUUAUCGACGAGCUGUCCAGACCGCUGGCCCUGUAUUUUGAAACCAGUCUCAUUCGGAAGGUCGUGACGCACUCUCUCACUCUCGCCAACGUCUCAUUACUGAACCACCAGUUCAUGAAGGUCCCUCCCUCACUGCUGGCCAGUGCCUGUCUCUGCGACGCCGUAAAACAUCUGGCACCUCAUCUCCACAGCAAGUGUGUCGAGGAGCUGACAACACUCGCAAGAUUGGAGCAGGAUGUGCUACUGCAACACGAAGAGAGUGUGGGGUACAUGGUACAACUAAAACUACAGGCACUGGAGAGUCCGCACACGUCAACUCCAGCCGGACUGGAGGACAUAGAGAGUCAAGAAUUCGGUAGCCCCGCCCACUUCAGCUUCCCCGACACCUCAUCAACAAACUGUUCACAGCAGCAGAUUCAGAAUCAGCUCCAAUAUCCGUCACACGAACCGGCGUGACUUCUUCGUUGCGUAGGAUUACCUCAUUGUUAAAGAACCACCUCCCCACCUUCCCUCCCUGUGUCAUCCCUCCUCCAACUAAUUAAAUUCCACUUCUCCCUCCACAUAUAUCCAAAACUCAUCCCCGUCCGUCCGUACUCCCAUCCUCGUACCAAGAAACUCCAUACUCCGUACUCCCAUAGUGACAUCUGGGGUUGAUUUAUACACAUGCCCCAAUGUAUAUACUGUGUUCUCCCCAUGCAUCGUGUGCAGAACAUAUGGUUCCCCAACGGAAAACCCCUUUUUUAAAGUCAUUUUUAUCUUCUCAGCCACCCCCCACUCCCCCCACUCCCCCACUCUCUCUCUCCCACUCUCUCUGCAAUAUCUCAAUCUUGAUCACCAGUUUUAGCUGAAUUCUUUUCUCUUAUGGUUUAUGUAAUUCUAGGCUUUUAAAAGAACUUUUGAACGGUUUUCGACGCUGGACUUUUUGAACGUUUGGCUUUCCUUGUACUCUCUACAUUUUUAGACUACCAUUUUGACUAGGAGACCUUUGACUUUUGACACCUUUUAUUAUUUGUUUUAUUCUGUGAUGUAUAAUUAUACUGUAUUAUGUAUAAUACGUGCACAGAAUGAUAUUAUAUAAACCACUGAGAACAGUUUCUCCUUUCUGCACCA